AGAGAAACGCGUCGUGAGAAUCAAAGUUCCAAACCAAUCUCACAUUCUCUCAAAAAAAAUCAAAUCAAAACCCUAACCCCAAAAACCAAAUUCCCAAUUUUCAAUUUUCCCAAUUCAGUUCAAUCUCAUCAAUUCAAUCAAGCCCUAACCCUAACAAUGCUUCAAUCACCAGGUCACUCUCCACUCCAUCUCUCAUCACCAUCACCUUCACCUUCAAUUUCUGAAUUUUCAAUCCAAAACCCUAAAAAAUCUAAUUCAAGUGUUCAACACCAGAAGAAUCAUCGCCACCCAACGGUUCUCGAUGAAGAUACAUACGCUGAAGCUUUGGAGAAGAUAAUCGAGCGUGAUUACUUUCCUGAUAUCUCAAAGCUUCGUGAUCGACUUGAUUGGCUUGAAGCGAUAAAAACUGGUGAUCCUGUUCAAAUUCGUGAUGCCCAGUUGAAGAUUAUCGAGCGUCGUCGUGUUGGCGGCGGAAAGGUAACACCUUUACAUACUGUUGAUUCUAGAAUUUCGCGGACGCCGGGUUCGACUUUUGUUAGAAAUUUUACCCCUUUAGAUGAAUUUGAUGGUAAAACGCCUGUAGUGAAUGGUUUAGGGGUUGGUGAGGGUGAGAAAGAGGAUGUUGGUGGUGUGGAUACGAAUCUUGGGCUUGAUCAGUUUUUGGGGAGGUAUACAAGUGAGGAUAAUCAAAGUUUUUCGAAGAUUUUGGAGAGAGUUAAUAGGAAGAGGAAAGAGAGGUUUGGUUAUUUGGAAGAUAGUGUGAAUUCGAAUGCGAAUGGGGAUGCUGUUGAGGAUGAAAAGAGGGAUAGGAUAACUGAUGGGUAUGGUACUUCUUAUCAACCUCCUAGUACGUUGGAAGGAUGGAAUUAUACGGCGAAGAAUUUGUUGAUGUAUCAUCCUGCUGAUCGGGGUGAGGUUCCAUUGACUGAGGAGGAAAGGGCUGUUAGAAUUAAAGCUGCCACGAAGGAGAUUGAUCGGGUGAAUACCAGGUUUCAUGGUAAAAUGAUGGAUUCUAGGCCGAAAGAGGAUGGAACAGUUGAGAUGCUUUAUACUCCUGUUGCCGGUGCUACUCCGGUGCCUAUGUCUUUUAGAGAUGCGGAUAAGUUGAAGAAGUAUGAUUUGGAGGAUUUGAGGAAGACUCCGAAUCCGUUUUAUUUGGAAUCUGGGAAGAAAGCUGAUAAUGGUUAUAGCUAUGUUAAGACGCCAUCUCCUGCACCGGGAGCUGAUGAGUCUCCGUUUAUUACUUGGGGAGAAAUUGAAGGGACUCCGCUGAGGUUGGAUAUGGAGGAUACGCCGAUUGAUAUUGGUGGUAGUGCUGAUGGACCUCAUUAUAGGAUUCCUUCUGCACCGGCUAGAGAUGCCAAGGCACACUCGCUUUCUAGGGAGGCUGCGCGGAAUUUGAGGGAGAGGUCGAAGAAGUUCUGUAAACCCCCUUUGGCAUCACCAGCUAGAGGUGGAAGUGCUAGUCCAAGCAUGCGGACGCUUUCUCCUGCAGCUCAGAAGUUCGUUCGGAAUGCAAUUGCAAAGUCAUCGUCUUCUGUUGACGAGACACUCCGUGCAAGUUACCGUGGUUCUACUCCUGCUUUGGCUACUCCUACAAGAGUUAGAAGUGUGUCGAGGCUUGGUCGAGACGAGAGCACAGUUUCCAGGUCUCCAUCUGUUAGAGACGGCUCCAAUCCUCCCUGGUGAAUUAUUUUAACAUAUUUUGAAACAUUGAUAAGAUGAAUGUGCUGUAAGUUUUUUUUUUUUUUUUCUCAUCUUGGAUAGCAUCUCAAAAUCUCGUAAGACAUGUAACUUUAUGAAAAAAGAGAAAUGUAUAACAAUAAUUCAAUCUGCAUUAUGAAUUUUGUAACCUCGUCUCAGAAUGUUAAUCUUUUUACUUUUUCUUCCUUGCUGCCAGUAUGCAAAAUUCUUGUUGGCAAAAGAUUGACAAUCAAUCCCCUGUAUAUUGAAGCAUUGCUGAACAUAGGAUUGACUAUGAAGUUACUAUGUUUAAUCUUUUGCUUGUUUCA